AUGAGCGUCGCAAUUUUAACUCCGAACAUUUCCGACUUGAGCAAAGCUACGCCUCGUCUCAAGGUCGCAGCUGCUGCUGCAGAGGUGAUGGCCAGCAUAUAUCGUGCCAACUCUGCCCUUACACCACUGCAACGCUUCGGUUCUCAAUCGGCUGUCGACGCAGAGAAGGUGCGGCGCUUCGUCCAGCACAAGGCGAAGUACCAGAAAUUUCAAGAAGAGUCCCAGCAGCGUCGAGACAAGGUUGGCUGGUUGAGCAGGACCACUAGCGAGUGGGAUGUCAACAUCGCGGAUCUUGAAGAGAGUGGCAAGGCUGGUGAGGUAAUUGCGGCGAAGGAAGAGAAAGCGAAGGCUUGGGAGGGCAGCAAGACGUUAUUAGACCAGGCGAAGCAAGUUAUCGGACGUCUGGAGAGGUGGAGUGCAUUUCUAGAUCUGGAGAGCGAUGAUCCUGGAUGGUGA